AUUGAGCCGGUUAUACGGAGGAGAAGGAGAGAAACUCACUGGACUUCGUCAAAGACAACGCUGGUGGGCAUGUAGAUCUUGUACAGACGCACAAUGGUGGCCAACACGGUCACUCCCAGGGCCGCCACAUAGUCGGGCCCGGGCAGCAGGAAGACGUCGUUGUCCUCGACGCCGUCAGACCUGUACGAGGCAUUCUUCUUGGCCUUGCUCGACCUGUUGGAUGCAGAUGCGACUGGCGCCACCAAGGGCUGCUUCUCGGCGACAAGCGGAGGUUGAGGGCUGCGGCCCCGCGCACUCGCUUUCGCCAUGGCGAGGGAUGAGGUCGGCGGGGGAGACUGGCGAUUCUGCGGCGACUGGAGGAGCGAGGAGAGCAGAGUCGAGGACCAGGCACUGCGGCAGGCUGGAGAAAAUGUCCGCUUCGGACCGGUAAAUGAGCGUAUCGAACGAAGGAGCGGAGGCGGGAUGGGAGUCGAAAAUUAAUAAAGAUGCCUCAUGGGAAGAAGCUGACAAAGGGAACCAAGGAAGGAGAAGACGCAAAAACCAAUUCGGCCGAUCAAAGCAGCAGCCGCCGGUCAAGUCGCAGCGCGCAGAAGAAAUAAAAGGGAGAAGACACGAGGCCGAAAAAAAGGUCGUCGUGAUGGACGAAACCAAGAGUCAGGGGUGGGAGGAGGAGCUGCGCAACCAGAGCGUGGUCCAGCUUCGCGUGCCGCUCCCAGCAUUGGCUUCAAUUGUAGCUACAGUGGCCUUAACCCGCGCUCGUUCAGCCUUGGCGCCACUGCUGCACAGCCAUACUACCAGCCCGCAAGUAGCUGGUACCCGCGACAACGGCUCCGGCGCCAUACAACGGCGAGUACCUGCUAAGGCAUACCUGCAGCUGGUAAAAUUGGCUCUCAGUGGCAGAAACGGCCCCGUUGCGGGCUAUAGCCUCGUGUUUUUUUUCUGGCCCCUUGCCUCUAGGAUGGUACUAUUGGCUACUAGCACUGAAACAUGCGAAUCCCAUCCAUCGUAA